AAUCGGUUUUUGGAGCAGCGUGUCAUAUGUAUAGUUACUUUAUUAGCGUGCCGUGAUUGUCAUAGCUGUUACUGCUUUUUCUGAUAGAUUAUCUUGUCAAAAUCUAUUAAAAUGAUGUCGAAAUAUUAUAUUACAUUCCUCGGGAUUGUGCUAAUAAGUUUAACUUAUGUCAAUUGUCAAUACAGAACGAAAAAUAGUCAAAGUUCCUCGUUAGCCGAACGUGUACAACAAUUAACAGAAAUGGCCAUUAGGAGACCAGUAAUUAAAUUUAACGGUGCAAAAUUUAAGGAAUUUGUGAAAAAUACCCCAAGAAAUUAUUCUGUUAUUGUAAUGUUUACCGCUAUGGCGCCUCAAAGGCAGUGUCAAAUUUGCAGACAUGCAAAUGACGAAUUCACAAUAGUCGCUAAUUCAUUCCGAUAUUCUCAGUCUUAUUCAAAUAAGUUGUUCUUUGCAUCUGUAGAUUUUGAUGAAGGAUCAGAUGUUUUUCAAAUGAUGAGAUUAAAUACUGCCCCGGUGUACAUGCAUUUUCCAUCGAAAGGUAAACCAAAAGCAGCAGAUACUAUGGAUAUACAGAGAGUUGGUUUUGCCGCAGAAGCAAUAGCAAAAUGGAUAUCAGAACGUACCGAUAUUCAGAUAAACAUAUUCAGGCCACCAAACUACUCUGGUACGGUAACUUUGAUAAUGUUCUCUGUUCUGAUCGGAGUAUUCCUAUAUGUUAGACGUAAUAAUCUAGAUUUAAUUUAUAAUAAAACAAUUUGGGCCCUCGGUGCAUUGUUUUUCACUCUUAUAAUGAUAUCAGGACAAAUGUGGAAUCAUAUCAGAGGACCUCCAUUAGUCCACAAAUCACCUAAUGGAAAUAUGGCAUAUAUCCAUGGGUCCUCCCAAGGACAAUUUGUGUUAGAAACAUAUAUUGUUAUGGUUUUGAAUGGGGCAGUGGUAUUAGGAAUGAUUCUAAUGACCGAAGCUGCAACAAGGAAAGGUGAUGUUAAAAAACGAAGAAUAUUUGCUGUGAUAGGCUUUGGAUUAGUUGCUAUUUUCUUUAGCUUACUUUUGUCCAUAUUCAAGAACAAGGCUCAAGGAUAUCCAUAUAGGUUGCUGUUUAAAUGAAAAAAUUCUUUACAGAAAAAAUAAGGUUCGUAUAAGUCCCAUCUUUGUGAGAAUUUUAAUCUUGCCAUGAUCUCAUUGGCCUCACAAAUGUAUAUUACGGCACACGAGUUAUAUUGAAGAUAAAGAUACGAUACAUGAUUUAUUGUUGAAUUUUUGCACACGUUCUAAGGCUAAAAAGUUGUUACAAAAGAAUGAUGUAUCUUAGCCUUCAACCAUUUCUAUCAAUGUUGUACGACAAUUAUCAAAUUCAUACAUUUUUAUGUAUUGUAAAAAUAUGUUAAAUAAUACAUGACUCUUGACGGUCAUAAAAAAUUUUUUAAACUAGAGAUAAUCAGUAUAAAAAAAACAUUACUUAUUUACAGACUUUGAUAUAAAAAAAUUACUGGAAAUUUCAACUGCCUUUAACUGAAAUUUAAUUACUUAAAUUAUAUCAUUUAUGAGUUCUUCCAAAUCUAUACAGGUAAAGUAAAAAAAAAAUUAAGAGAAGAAAAAUCAUUGUGAACAAAUGUGGCAGAAGUUGAAUCGAUAGAAUAAAAUUUAUGUAAAUAACACAUGUAAGGAUACUAAUUGUAUUCAAAAGGAAAUUAAAACUUCAAAAGUCAAAAACAUUAAAAGAAA